AUGAUUCCAAAUAUAGUCAUUAUUUUAUUUAUUUUAUUGCGUUUUGAAGUUUUUUGCAAAUAUCAAUGCAAAAAUUUAUUAGGAAAACCAGUAGAUUGGUUUGUGGUCUACAAACUUCCAAAAUUGCGCUCAACGACUAGUGGAAAAGAAUUCGUGUACAUUGACAAUGAAAAUCUCGAUUGGGUUAAAGCGGGAGACAUAAAUGACCCGAAAGGUGCCGUUGGAGCCACAAUUAGUCAAGUUUAUUCAUCAAAACCGAACGAUUUCUAUUUAAUGUAUAGUGAUGAUGAUCCGAUUGGCUCGGCAGAUUCGUAUCGCGGCCAUGCCAAAGGUGUGGCUCUUUUCGACAAAAAUACGGGCUUCUGGCUGAUUCACAGCGUUCCAAAUUUUCCUUCGUCGAAAAGCUACGCCUAUCCGAUCACCGCCGAGAAAUAUGGUCAAACGUUCUUCUGCGUUUCACUCGACACAAAUUAUCUUGAAGUCAUUGCGGACCAUUGGCGAUUUAUUCAAGCAUCGCCGUACGCGCAGAAUGGUCCCCAGGAUUUUUUGCUGCGUUUCCCGACGCUUCGCAAUGUGCUGGCGAGACAAUCGCUGCCGCGGUCAGCCACACGGUUUUGGACGUCAAGGCCAAUUAAAACGAUACGUGGUAUCACCCUAAUGUCCUAUGCAAAACAUAAAAAGUUCAAUGGAGAUAUUUGGAAUGACAUAAUUUCUCGUGAAAAUCAAAUGACAUUGGCUGUGGAGAGUUGGUUAAAUGGUAGCGGAGAGGAUCUUCGAACGACUUGCACCAAAAUUAGCCAGACACAUGAUGUCACGGAGAUGUCGGUUGUCGGUGAGAAAUUUUCGAGUUCCAAGGACCACUCAAAAUUCGCAGUUUCGUCAAACGUCAACAAUCCUAUUGUAUGCUUUGGUGAUUUGAACCGUCAGAAAUCUCAACUCGCCCGCGGCGGCGGCGCUCUCUGCAUUCAGGAUCGCAACCUCUGGGACCAUUUCUAUAAAUUUAUAACUCGUGUUGAACCGUGUAAAGCUUCGCAAUUUUUCUCAUUGUUACCAAUUGCAUUAGCCCUCCUCAUUUCCUUCUUCUAG